ACAGAUGCUUGUUUAGUCGUGUACCUUGACGUACCGUACGUGCUCUACUGACUGAUCAAAUGCAGGUCCAGUCCAGUUCAAGUGGACAUGUUGCUCUGAGUUUGACCGCUCAAACUCCGAGUCCGAGUCCAACUUCGCAUCCAAGCGCCAGUGUUGACGGCAAAGAAAUCGGGGACCUGUGAAGAAAAGAAAGGUAGGCCUAUAAAUUUGCUGACGAAAAAACCUAAACAGCCAGAUGCUCGUCACCUCGUUACUCUGACAAGACCAUCAUGCGUGUCAAAGUCAGUCUUCCCACUAAUCUACUCAUUGUGCAGGUUGUAUUCUCGUUGCUGGAGGGAUGCACCUGUGAGGUCAACGUCCUGCUACAGACCCUGACUGGUUCCGUCCCACCCGGCAAUUACUCCUAUUACAAACUCACACGCGGCGGCAACAUCCGACUGGUGCUCCGCACCCUCAAGGGAGAUGCUGACGUCUAUGUGUCCUCCACGACUCUGCACCCUACCUAUGAGGAUUACGACUUGAAGUCAACAACGUACGGGGAGGAAAUUGUGGACAUUGCGGAGAUGCUCAAUCGGCCUGUGGGGAUCGGCGUGUACGGUCACCCCUUAUACCAGAAUGACACGUCGUACGAGUUUGAUAUUUUGUUGGACACCAGUGAGAUCGAGGACCCUUGGAGAACUGAGAAUGGGAAGGGAGAGCCAUCCCUUGGCAAGCUCUUUGCGGGCGAGGACGCCGAAAAUGAAUCGCUUUUGUGGAAGGUGUUUAUUGGCAUCUUGAAGGUGGCAGUGGACGUCAUGAUCUGAUUGGUGUAAGAAGGUGUUCUUUGUCUGUUAGAGCAGAGGUUGAAAUUAGGCGCAAAAAAACAACCGUGACUAAAAAAAAAAAAUGACCUACGUGUAAAGGUAGCACAAUCAAUUUUGAGCUGUCACAUGUACGCUGAAUGCACUUCCAGUACAAAAUUUGUUCUAACAAAUGUGGUAAAUAGACCUUUCUCAGAGUACGCCAUCUUGAAAAUCAUAGCAAGGCAAAUAAUGCCAACAAACAUGGCAGCGUUAAUAGUGUGCGCAGUGAACGAGUGACUCUUGCAAAGUUAGAACAGAUUGACAAUCGUAAAAAUGGAUGGAUAGCUCAGAUUCCCCCGAAACAUCAAGCUGUAUUCGAGGAAGGUCAUGUCUCAUUGCAUUUUGGAGAAAGAUUUUAGAAUAGAAAACCUAAAACAGUGGCUUAACUGAAGUUCCCCUGUAGUAGUUCACGCCGCAGCACCGCCGUCAACGUCAGACUUUCUAUUUUUACUUUUCCAUCCGUGAUGUUUUCUGAGCUGGAAUUGCAUUUAUUAAAGAACAACCUGUACUUACAUGUACAUUAUAAGGCUAUCUGUGAAUUGUUAUUCACACAGGACUAAAAGAAACAGAAAUAAGAGGAACUGGAGACCGAUACAAACAUGAAAACUUUCUCCACCAUGCAGACAUUUCUCAACGGUAGUGCACUGUACACCCCGAGAUCAUUUACGUGCACAAAAAUACGGGCCAGCGAGACGCCCGUCUGAAUACAUGUAGACGGGCUUCUCGAAGGCCUGUAUCAUUUUACACGUAAACAAGUCGGGGUACAGUGCACGACUGCUGAAAAAUUUCUUCAUGUAAAUUUGUCAUGUUCGUAUCUGGCUCCAGUUCAUCUUAUUUCUGGGAGACAACAUGGUCUUGUGCGAUUGACAAUUCUUAGAUAGCCUUAUAAUGUAAGUAGUUCCUACAUUAUUUACUACAAUUUCAGCCCAAAAACCGCCAUAUGGAAAAGUGAAAAUAGAAAGUCUGACAUUGAUGGCGGUGCUGCAGCGUUACUUACUAGUGAGUACUACACGGAAAUUUCAUUUCGGCCACUGUUUUAGGCUUUAUGAUUCUUCUGAAUAUGCAGUGACACAUGGUUUGAUGUUUUGAGCUAUCCAUUUAUAAGAUUGUCAAUCUGCUGUAACUUUGUGAGGGUACCUGGUUCACUAGGAUGUUGGUAAAUGACAGUCUAAAGCAUCCUGUAAAAUAAUGGCACCUGGUGU